AAAUACAGCCCUAUCAAAAAGUUUUUUCGCCUCUAACUGUAAAUUGUUUUUUUUUAAUAAAAAAGAAGCAAAUUGUGGAAAUAAAUCAAACACGUAGAAUUUUAAGCCAUCUAUUAAACAAAAUGAAUUUUACUCGCAAUAAAAUGAUUUUAUACAUGUUAAUUAUAGCCACCGGGAUAGAUUUUAUAUUACCAUGGCCCGUCUUCCCCAACAAGGCAGACACCAAAGUAGAACUUGUGCCCGCCGGCCAUGUUCCCCAAAAAACACGUUUUUCACGUCAAGUAGUACAGCCUACUUGGUUAAAUAUUGGCCAAGAAGCUCCCACCGAUCCUACAGUUUAUGUCAAUCCAAGAGCCUUAGAAGAGGCUGAGGAAAUACGUAGAACUAUACAAAAAGCUGUCGAAGAAGAUACUUAUGCAGUGCCAGAUCAACCAGGUGAUCCUAAUUUGCCCAAUCAAACACCUCCACCUGCUUUACCCAAUUGGUAUGAGAAUAUGCAGAAGUUAUGGCAAAAUUGGUCUCAGAAUUUAUUUAAAGGUUUUCGACUUUAAA